GGAAAAUGGCUCCCUUCGCCAACCUUUUCGCUGCUCUUCUCUUCGUUUCUCUCCUUUGCAAAGGAAAUUUUCAGUGUGUUCCAAAUGACAUAGCAAUCAGUCAAAAGAUGACUGGAUUUCAGAUUCAUGGAAUGACAGAAUGGAACGUGACAAUAAGCAACAACUGUUUGUGUUCUCAAUCAGAAGUGAAGCUUGACUGUAGAGGAUUUCAAACUACAAAAAGCGUCGAUCCUUCAAUAUUAGCUGUUACUGAUACUGAAUGUUUGGUCAACAAUGGACUCCCAAUAUUCAAAUCGAACCCCGUCAUCUUCACUUAUGCACAAGACCCUAAAUUUGACUUCAAACUAAUCUCUUCCCAAAUCGCUUGUUCUUAAAUCCUUUUGUCUUUGAUUACCCGUACCUUGGUUUUAUUGUUUACGUCUUGUCAUUUG